GACGUCACGCGCUAAAGCCGAACAACAACAACAGCGACUGCAUCUUUGGUCCUGAUGAACUUUAGGAUCUCCUGACUGAUUCUGUACGAGGUUCACGAUGAGCAUGAUGGCAGCAGACUGGUUGGGCAGUGUUGUGACCAUAAAUUGCGGUCUAACGUUGGGAGUUUAUCAGGGAGAGGUGUCAUCUGUUGAUGGAGCCAGUCAAACCAUCUCACUGAGACAGCCCUAUCACAACGGAGUCAGGUGUCCGGUUCCCGAGGUCACAUUCAGUGCCAUGGAUAUCAAGGAAUUAAAGUUCCUAGAUAUUCAGAACACAGCCACCAAACCCAGAUCUGGGCAGGGGAUCACAACAAAACCCAGCUUGGUAUCAGCAGGACGUAAUGGUCAGAGUAACAGAACAACUCACAGCCACGCAACAACCAACAUGUUUCAUUCCAGCACAGCUCCAAUCUCCAUCCCACUCAGAGGUUCAUCCAACAGCACAGGAGUGAUGAUCCCCUCACAAAAGAGGAACUGUGUGAGAAAUGGAGGCGCCGGAGGGUCAGUGAGGUCAAAAGAUGACGAGUGCUUUGGUGACAGAACAAACAAGGACCUGGACACGGACUUUGACUUUGAGGGAAACUUGGCUCUGUUCGACAAGGCUGCCAUUUUCUCCCAGAUUGAUGGAAGCAGUGGUCACAAGGCGCUGCAUCACAGCGCUCCGGCUGAGCAGAAACCACAGUCCUAUCGCCACGAUGAAAAUAUUCUGGAGGGGAAACCUGUCAAAUACAAACAGAUAACUGUACCGCAGCAUGGGGGAAAAUAUUACUGCACUGAUUCAGGCCUGGUUGUUCCCACCAUUCCCUAUAAACUUCAUAAGCGCCUGUUGGAGGCUGCAGAGCGUUGUGGUCUAAGCCCUGAGCGCAGGCUAGAGAUGAUUGGAGUUUGUUCCAGUCAGAUGGCCCUGUCACUACUUGGCGGACCAAACAGGCUCUCUCCAAAAAAUUCUCACCAGAGGCCCACAGUCGUCCUGCUGUGUGGGCCCCACACGCAAGGCGCCCAAGGCAUCAGUUGUGGUAGACACCUGGCCAAUCAUGAAGUGGAAGUUAUUUUGUUUCUGCCCAGCUUUUUCAAGAUGGAGGAUUCAGUCACCAGUGAAGCUCGCCUCUACAGCAGGACGAGUGGUCUGCAAGUGGCUAACGUCAGAGAACUACCAGUAAGUCCAGUCGAUCUGGUCAUCAACUGCCUCAACAGCCAUGAGAACCCACUGCUGAGGGAGCAGUCCUGGUACCAGUCAGCUGCUGACUGGGCCAACAGGAAUCGAGCUCCAGUCCUAAGUAUCGAUCCUCCAAUCAGUGAACAGCCUCAGACCGUGGAGUCAAAGUGGAUCCUGUCUUUAGGUCUUCCUCUACCUCUAGCAGAGAAUGAGAGCAGACUCUACCUCUGUGACAUUGGCAUUCCCAAACUGGUGUACUCAGAAGUUGGCAUCAGCUACUACUCACCGUUCGGAUGCAAGUUUGUGAUCCCUCUGCACCCAGUGUAGGGAUUUCCAGUGUUUGUUUAUUUUCUGUUAGUGAGUAAAAUGAGUUGUAUAUGUUUAGGAACAGCUAUAGGACUGAAACAAGACUUUGUAGCAAUUCUUUUAAAUGUUUUUGACACAUUCCUGAUCAUCUGACAGGAGAAUGAACUGUAUGUGAGCGUGGAGCAUGGAGUCUUAUUUUUGUAAAGAAUCUGUUUCUUGUUCUUUCCUACCGUUUGAUAACCCCUCGACACUGAUGUGAUAUUUAUAAAAUGCUG